UGGGGAAAGCCCACGCGUCACCCAGUGUCAACACAGGCCAUCGCAAAAACGUUCGUACUGAAUCUGGACCAACAGCGACAAAACGUUUUGAAUAUCCGAAAGCUGAAAAGCGGCAUAUUAGAGUAUGAACGACGGCAACGGCGAAGGAGCUGUGGAUACAGUCGGCCCUCAGGGGAGCAGUGAGAACGGUGAAGCCACAGCCAACCUCUCGACGCUGGCCCGUACGCCAACCCAAUUUCUGGAGCACCAAAGAGAAUCUUCUGCUGUAAUCAAGAAUGGCCGACCCAGGAGCCUACCCCCUUCUCCAACUGACAUGCUGCUUGUUCGCUACGCCGGAUGGCUCUCGUUCUUAAGGUUGCUCAUCGUUCAGUUCGACGAGCAGAGUUCGCUUGAAAGAACGCUUGCGCAGGGUCAUGCAAGAGCUGUAAAGUCUUGGACUAGCCACCCGUUGAAGGAGAUUGAAUCCGCUUUCGAUGCUCACGCUUCUCGCAAUGCAUCGGAUUCUGCUUCCGCUGAAAACACCACCCCUACAUCCUCAAUCCACGAUCUCACAAAGCACAUCCGCGAUGCGAACAGCCAGUUGGCCUCAAAUCACGAUGCGCUAUAUCAGGUUCUGGCAAAUCAAACGCUCCCAGCUUUGCGGUCUUUGGAGAAGGACGUGCAUCAACGGAUGUCCGCGAUGCUUUCCGAAGAAAAGGAGCGAAGGAGGCAAAGAGACAAGGAUGAAAGGAAGUUGAAGUCUUUGAUCGAGAAGCUGCAGACCGCUCUGGAUGCAGCGCAAGGAACGGGUGAUGUGCCCGCUCCCUACGCGAAAGAUCCUUGGUUGAUAAACAUAGGAAUUAAGCGACAUCUAAGCGAAUCGCAUUCGAGAGACAUUGGCCAUCUGUCCACACUUGAAGGGAUUGAAGAAACGUUCGGAACAUGGGAGAAGAACCUCAUCCACAGCCUCAAAUGGGCUCUAUUGGCGUACACCUCAUUGCACCCGAGCUCCAGUGGAAGUAGCUCUACUGGCGAACACGCUUCGCCCUCGUCGAUCUCCGGUCUGCAUACCGCAGUUUCAAACAUCGACGCAGAGAAGGAAUGGCAAGCGUACCGCACUGCUCAUUUGGUGCCUAUCAUGAGGGACUCGGAUGAAAACCAAACGAGGAAGGACGACUACCCCGGCGCCACUGACCCGUUCGUGGCGAUGGUCAAAGAGGGACCCAUGUUACGGAAAUCAAAGAUCCGUAAACAGUGGCACGCGCACUGGUACUGUCUCACGGCCGCAGGGUGGCUGCAUCAGUUUGACGAGCGUCCCAAAUUAGACAACAUCACAGCAUCGGCAGCCAGCCUCACCACUCACCAACCCAGCGUCAAGAACAGCGUGCAGCCCCCGCCCGUGAUGAGCUGGUGGCUGAAAGAGUAUGUGAUGGCGGACCAGGCCGCUACAGAGUUUCACCUCACGCACACGAAACCCAGAGCCCUCGGUCUCCGGCGCAAACCCCGAACGUACCAAUUCUCGACCAACUCGCUGUCGGAUUCAACCUCCUGGGCAACUGCCAUCGCGCCCUUUGUCGCGAUGAGGUCCCAGCCGAACUCCCACAGAACGUCCGUCGCGGGUUUCCCGCUUCGCCCCGCGCCGCUUGCACCAGAUGCCCCGGCUUCGGUCACUGGAGCACCGGUUCAAUUCCCCGAGCAGCCGGCCCAUCAAUCGAUCUCGAGGCUGGCUAGUCGGUCAUCCGUCGCAUCAACGGCUUCCGCAAAAUCGCUGACCAACGCGGAAUCCGAGACCCCGCCUCGACAUGCAAGUGUGCAUCGCCACGAAUUGCCUUCGAUCCCUGCAGAGUCGAAUAAUCGCGAAAACGGAACGGAGUCUACACCCCCACCCAUCCUCUCAAUGUCGCCCGUGGCACGAAAAUCAAUGGAUGUCGAAAAGCACCGGCAGCAGCAGCAGCGGCUGUAUGAUCUGCCUACCCCACCGUUGGAGGCUCCGGGAGUGUCGCCGGCGGCUGAUCAGGAUGUUUAUGCACAUGAUGGGCAUCCUCAGGUGAAUCAUUACGACGAUCCAGUUGCCGCUUGAUGAUGCUGCGAAGCACUUGGCUCCACCGAUUGUAGUGAUCCUAUGCCGCAGCAUGCAAGUCCAUGGUGGAAGCGAAGAUACGGUCCUCUGUGUGCGAUGUCAAUCGUUGAUCAAUGUCCGCGUUGUUCUCUCGAGUCCCGUCUCCAAAAUUACAUCCAUGCAAAAAGCGAAUAUGUUGGGCAAAACAUCCCCCUCCCCAUCUUGUCAUCCGAGUAAGUGUAUCUAGUGUAAGUGUAUAAAACAGAAUUCGUGAAUGAGAGCUCGCGAUGGGAG